AUCCCACCCCCCACCCCUACAAAAACUCGGCACUUUCUUCCUUCACGCGGGCCUUUCCAUUGACUUAAGUCCUCAAAGUUGUCGAAACUUUACUCUCUGAAUUUUCCUCUAGUUUUCAUUGUCAAAAUCAAAAUCUCAAUUGGAUCAUUAUCCUCUUUGUUUCCAUAAGAUCUCUCAGUUGUGUCUAUCAUUUUCUCGAACUAUUUCCAAUGUCAACCCCACAAUCCUCACAAGCUCGUUAUUCUUUCCAUGUUUUCUUGAGUUUCAGAGGCGAAGACACCCGGAAAAACUUCACUGAUCAUCUCUACACAGCUCUCAUCAACGCUGGAAUUCGAACUUUUCGUGACGAUGACGAAAUCCGCAGGGGAGAAAACAUAGAAUCUGAACUGCAAAAGGGUAUUCGGGAAUCCAAGAUUUCCCUAAUUGUCUUCUCCAUAGACUACGCUUCUUCAAGAUGGUGUCUUGAUGAGCUUGUCAACAUUCUUGAUCGAAGAAAGAAAGAGGGUCAUACUGUUUUGCCUGUGUUUUACACUGUCAGCCCUGAGGAUGUCCAGAACCAAACUGGGAGUUUUGCUGAAGCUUUUGUGAAUCAUGAAAAGAGGGGAAAUGCUGAGACUGGAGAAAAGAGAAAGGAAUGGAUGGAGAAGAUGGACAAGUGGAGAGUAGCUCUGAAAGAAGUUGCUGAAUUGGAAGGAAUGUGCUUAGCCAAAGAAGUAGACGGGCACGAGGCAAAAUUCAUCCAAAAGAUCACCAAGGAGAUACUCAAAAGAUUGAAUCGCACUGUACUUAGUUUACCUUCAUACACAGUUGGAUUAGAGUCUCGAGUGAAGGACAUUAACUCGUGGUUACAGGAUGAAUCCAGUGAAGUUGUUAUUGGUGUGAUCUGUGGGCUUGGUGGCGUAGGAAAGACUGCUGUUGCUAAAGUAGCUUACAACUCUAACUAUGACAGGUUUGAUGGCAGUUGCUUUCUUGCAGAUGUCAGAGAAAUCUCAGAGAAAUAUCCAAAUGGUCAGGUUUAUUUGCAAAAACAAAUUUUUGAAAGUAUUUUGAAAGGCAGAAAGGAAAAAAUAUACAAUGCCGAUGAAGGAAUUGUCAAAAUGAAAGAUGCUAUUGGCAAUAAAAAGGUUUUAAUUGUAUUUGAUGAUGUGGAUCAUCUGGAUGUCUUAGAUUCACUUAUUGGGACAAGGGAUUGGUUUUAUCCAGGGAGUAAAAUUCUUAUAACGACAAGGUGUGAGAAAUUGUUGAAGGCCCAUGAGAGGCACAUGCUAUUCAAGAUUAAGGAACUUGGGGAUGAUGAGUCUCUAAAGCUCUUCAGUUGGUAUGCUUUUGCACAAGACCAUCCAUUAGAAGAGUUCAAGGUGCUUUCAACAGAAGCAAUACAGCAUUGCGGUGGGCUUCCGUUAGCUCUUUAUGAUUUGGGUUCAUUUCUUUCUGGGAGAGAUAUGGAAAUAUGGAGAAGUAAAUUGCAGAAAUUGGAAGCAAUCCCUCAUAGCAGAGUUCAAAAGAAUCUUGAGAUAAGCUACAAGUCUCUAGAUUAUCAUGACCAGAGGUUGUUCCUCCUUAUUGCUUCGUCUUUUGUUGGGAAGGACAAAUAUUAUGUUACCAAAACUUUAGAGAACUGCGAUUUGCACCCAACAGUUGGCAUUCAGAACCUCAUUGACAGAUCCCUCAUCAGCAUUGAUGACGAAAAUAAGGUGAUGAUGCCUCCACUUAUUCAGAACAUGGGGAAAGAAAUUAUUCGCCGAGAAUCACCAGAUGAUCCCGAGAGAUUGUGUAAAUUGUUGAACCAAUGGGGUCUGUCAAAUUACUUGAUAGAGAACAAUGAAACUAAUGCAGAUGGAGUAGACCUCCCAGGCACCCAUCUGCCAGAAGAUGGUCUUGUCGCAGCACUUGGUCCUAAUGGUGCAAAAAGACCAUAUUAUCAAGAUUUUCCUGAAAUAGCUGUUCUGCCAUACCUAGGUAAUUCGUUGAAAAGGCGCUUUGUAGGACUUCUUUCUACGUUCCCAAUAUCUGGUGGCCUCAAAAGAUUCUUCCCACAACAACAACAAAAAAUGUCUCAGUUUGCUUAUCAUGCAUUUCUGAGUUUGGCAACAAAAAUAGGCAAGUCCUUUGGAAAUCAUCUUCAUUCAGCUUUAUCAAAUGCCGGUAUUUGCGCAUUCAGUGUUGAUGAACUUGAGAUAGAUGAAAAAGGGUGCAAAGAAUUGCAGAAAACAAUUCAAGAAUCAAGAAUUCUCAUUGUUGUCUUGUCAAAAGACUAUACCUCUUCAGAGAGGUGUCUUGAUGAACUUGUGUUUAUACUUGAGAGUAAGAGAGGUUUUGGACGUUUCGUUCUACCUGUGUUUUAUGAUGUGGAUCCAUCAGAAGUCAGGAAACAAAAGGGGUGUUUUGAACAAGAUUUUUUAAUGUAUGAAGAGAGAUAUAAAUCCGGGACUGAAGGAAGGAGACUAGAAUGGUUGCAGAAGGUGAAGGAAUGGAAGACUGCUCUAACACAAGUUGCUGAUUUGGGAGGAAUGGUCUUACAGAAUCAAUCUGAUGGGUAUGAGUCUAGGUUUAUUCAAGAGAUUGUAAAGGUGGUUGCAGGAAAACUAGAUCGCCCAGUUUUGAGUGUAGCUCUCCACCCCGUUGGAAUAGAUUCUCGAGUUAAAGACAUAAAUCUCUGGUUGCAGGAUGGAUCAACUAGUGUUGAUAUUAUGGCUAUAUAUGGUAUGGGGGGGAUAGGUAAAUCUACCCUUGCCAAGACUGCUUAUAAUCUUAACGUUGACAAAUUUGAUGGCUGCAGCUUUCUUGCUGAUGUGAACAAAACUUCAGAAAGACAUGAUGGUCUAGUAAGUCUACAAAGACAACUUCUUUCAAAUGUUCUAAAGAAGAAGGUUGAAAAGAUAUACAAUGUUGAUGAAGGAGUCAUCAAGAUUCAAGAGGCCGUCCAUUGCAGAAGAAUUCUUCUUGUUCUCGAUGAUGUGGAUGAUCAAGAUCAGCUAAAUGCGGUUCUUGGGAUGCGAGAAUGGUUUUAUCCAGGUAGUAAAAUUAUCAUAACAACCAGAAAUCAGCACCUGUUUAAUGCUCGUGAGGUCUGCAGUUGUAAGAUGUAUAAGGUCAUACCAUUGAAUGCUCAAGAAUCGAUUAGACUCUUCAGCUGGCAUGCUUUUGGAAAAGAAAAACCUUCGGAAGAUCAUGAGGACCUUUCAGAAAAGGUGAUACUUCAUUGUAGAGGGACUCCUUUGGCUCUCAAAAUUUUAGGUUCUUCUCUUUGUGACAGAAGUAUAGAGGUGUGGGAGAGUGCAUUGAGGAAAUUAAAGGCAAUCCCUGACGAGAAGAUCUUGGAAAAACUCAGAAUCAGCUACGAUUUGCUGCCAGAUGAUGAUGUACAGAAUAUAUUCCUCGAUAUUGUCAGUUUCUUUGUCGGAAAAGAUAAAGACUAUGCAGUUACUAUACUCGAUGGAUGUGGUUUUUUCUCAGUAGUAGGAAUUCAGAUUCUUUCAGAUAGAUGUCUGAUCGAAAUGGACGAGGAUAAGCUGAAAGUGCAUUCAUUGAUUCAAGAUAUGGGAAGAGAAAUUAUCUGCCUAGAAUCCCCUUGGGAGCCUUGGAAAAGAAGCAGAGUUUGGCGAUACAGAGAUUCCUUCAAUAUAUUGAGUGCAAAAACUGGAACUGAAAAUAUUGAAGGCCUAGUUCUUGACAAGGGAAUGUCCAACAAAUUAUCCAAAGCAGUCAAAUCUCUCAGAUCGUAUAUCUUCAGUGGAGUUGAUGAUCUGGUAGGUCAUGGCUAUCCAAAAAAACGCCGUAUGCAUUUGGAGCAUUUUGAUGAUGCCAACACAGAAGAUUCAAACAGUACAGAAUUUGAAGCUGAUGCAUUUUCCAGAAUGCAGAGGCUGAGGAUUCUCCAGCUUAGUUAUGUAAGAUUAACUGGAUUUUAUAGUUCCUUACCGAAAAGUCUAAGAUUACUGUGUUGGUCUGGAUUUCAUAUGAAGAUCAUCCCUGAGGAUCUCCCUCUGGAGAGCCUGAUUGCCCUUGAAAUGAAAAAAAGUUAUUUGGAAAAAGCCUGGGAGGGAAUUAAGAUUCUCAGAUCAUUAAAGAUCCUCAACUUUAGUCAUUCCCAUUAUCUAAGAAGAACUCCUGAUUUUUCUGGACUUCCCCAUCUGAAAACUUUGAUCCUGAAAGACUGCAUUAAAUUGGUCAAGAUUCAUGAAUCAAUUGGAUGCCUUGACGGACUUGUCUAUCUGAACUUGAGAGACUGCAAGAAUCUAAGGAAGCUCCCUGGAAGCUUUUUUAAGCUCAAAUCCUUAGAAAAACUUAUUAUCUCUGGCUGUUCUAGACUAGUUACGUCAGCAAUAGAGCUAGGGAAGUUAGGAGCUUUGACAACCCUGCAGGCUGAUGGAAUGAAUUUUGGUCAGCUAGCCUCGGUGGAUGGUAACAUGAAUUCAUGGAGUGCCCUCUGGCAAACUUUGUCAUCAAAGUUUAGUAGAUCCCCAGGCUCUAACCAGUUUUCGCUCUCUUCUUUAUCAAGUUCACUCGUCAGCUUAAGUCUUUCUAAUUGCAACUUAACAGAGGAUGCUCUAUCCUUUGGCCUCAGCAACCUUCCCUCAUUAUGCUUCUUGAAUCUAAGUGAAAACUUGAUUUAUAACCUGCCUCAGAGUAUUAAAAAUCUUGGUAAGCUCCAAGACCUUUGGUUAGAUGGAUGUCCAAGCCUCCUAUCUCUGCCAGAGCUUCCUCCAAGCCUCGUUAAGCUGAAGGCAAGUAGGUGCUCAUCACUGGAAACAGUCACAAAUCUACCAAACCUAAUGACAACUCUCUUUUUAGAUGUCAUGGAAAGUGAGAGCUUAAGUGAGAUUUCAGGAAUUUUCAAGCUAAAUCCCAUUGAUAAUUUUGAAGUGGAAAUAUUGAAUACUCUACGCCUUCUUCUCAACCUAGAUAACACAUUAGAUACAGUGAUGGAAAUAUUUAAUAGGUUCACCAAAUCAAAAAGGAUAUAUCCGGUACAGCAGGGACUCUAUGAAUUUGGCAUCUUCAGUACUUAUUUUCCAGGAAAUGAGGUUCCAAGCUGGUUCAGCAACAAAAGUGAACAGAGAUUGUUGACAUUGUAUGUGGAUUCACUUCCUAAUAUCAAGAUAACAGGACUGCUUAUUUGCAUCGUCUAUGCACGUUCUAGUCCACGUAUAUUUCGUUAUUUUGGGGACUUUCAUACAAUUGACAUCAAAGUCCAAAACAUUACACAGGGUCUUAAGUGGAUUUAUGCCCCAUCAUUCAUUGGCAUUCCAGGAGAGAACGACAGGUUGACAUUUUUAUGCCACUGGAAAUUUGGCAAGUAUUUACAAACUGGUGAUCAGAUUAAUGUAUCAUUGCCUUGUUGGAGUAAAACUUUUAAGAUGAAAGAGUUUGGAGUUACACUUGCAUAUAACAAGCCAGCAUUAGACCAGGCCUCAGCAUCUACUAGUGAAGCAAGAGAGCUUGCAACGCGACAUACUCCAAUUAGUGAUUAUGAAUCUGAAGAAAGUGUCAUGGAAGGCUUUAUGCCUUUAUAUCAGUUGGCGGUUAAUCAUUACUACCUUUCUCACCCUGAAUACCAUGUGCUUCGUCACAAGGCACAUAGCGUUGUGAAGUCUAUCUUGAACGAGAAAUUGUUUGAGGAUUAUGAUGUGCAGACUGCAGGUUCAGGGGCAGAAGAAGAGGAUGAUGAUGAUAGCAUCUUCGAUUAUGACGAGGAUGAAGACAAGGAGGCUGCAGUAGCAGAGCUCGAGGAGAUUUUGCAAAGAUCUUGGUGAAGGAAAUGAAACAAUGCUGCAGCAGUGUUAACACAUCGACAGAGCUACAACAAUUUGUUAUACUUGGAGCCUCUUCCCUUGAGAGAUGAAUCUUGGUCCAGUCCCUCACUGCUCAUUCAAUGUCUCAUCUUCUACAAUUCGACCUUUUUGGAUAGCUUCUUUUCCCCCUUCUUCACAUUCACAGUCCUUGAGAAGGAGUAUUACUUGUUUCACAAUCUCAGCAAUUGGGUCCAGAAAAAUUCCAGCGAGAGACCGACUCAUAGAUUUUGGAAAAUACAAAGGGAAAAUGCUGGGAACACUCCCAUCCAAAUAUCUCAAAUGGGUGACAAAGAAUCUCCGAGCUCGUGACUUCGAAGAGUGGGCUCAGCUCGCAGAUCAAGUCCUCUCUGACCCUAUCUAUAAGGACAGAAUUGAGUGGGAGUUCGCGCAAAAUCUCCUCAAUGGCGAAGUAUCGGUUGCAGGGACGCAGAAUGCCGUUUCUGAGUUGCUGGAAAUCAGCACCAGAUUCGGUUGGGACAAUGAAGACAAAUUGGGUUGGAGCAAAAUUGAUUUCGAGUUACUUGGGACCUCCAAAGGUGGUCGAAUACCAAGGCUUUCUGAUUCCCCCAAUAAUUCCAUUAGGGCAGAAGAGAAAAAGGGUAGAGCUGGAGAUGAUAGUCGUCAGGAAGAGGAAGGCGAAAAAGACAAUAGGGAGAGAAGACGGGAAAGGGUAAGGUUACAGAGGAGAAAAAAUGAAUCUGGAGCAAACUCUGAUCACUUCAAUCCACCCAAUUCCCGCUCAUUUGACACCACUAGUUAUAACACUAGUAGCGGUAUAACGGAAACACCAAGUCGUUUUCCGGGUCGCGAAUCCCUGUUGAAGAAAGCCUUGUCACUUGGUACCAGGAAAAAUGCCUCACAAUAAUGAAUUUGUUAUACUUGAGGUGAAACACAUUGGUUGUGUAUCAUUUAGUGUAGGAGAUAUGUUUUGACCUUAACCACAAUAAUGAACAUUUGUUUGUUCAUGUAA